AUGACCAAUCCUCAAGAUAUUGCAAACACGUUUAAGAGUGCCUUGAACAUUUCAGGAUCACCAAAUGCAGUUUCAACCUCACCCACUCAAUCAUAUUUGAGCCAAUAUGUGCCAUCGAAACCAACCAAGGUGUUGAAACCAUUCUCCACUGGUGACAUCAAGAUACUAUUGUUGGAAAAUGUCAAUCAAACCGCUAUUAACAUCUUCAAAGGACAAGGUUACCAAGUUGAAUUCUACAAGUCAUCUUUACCAGAAGAAGAAUUGUUGGAAAAAAUCAAGGAUGUCCACGCCAUUGGUAUCAGAUCCAAAACCAAGUUGACUGAAAAAAUUUUGAAACAGGCAAAGAAUUUGGUUGUUAUUGGAUGUUUCUGUAUUGGUACAAACCAAGUUGAUUUAGACUUUGCUGCCAAGUCAGGUGUUGCUGUCUUCAAUUCGCCAUUUUCCAACUCAAGAUCGGUUGCGGAAUUGGUUAUUGCUGAGAUCAUUACCUUGGCAAGACAGUUGGGAGACAGAUCAAUUGAAAUGCAUACCGGAACAUGGAACAAAGUUAGUGCCAAAUGUUGGGAAAUCAGAGGUAAGACUUUGGGUAUUGUGGGUUACGGUCACAUUGGAGCCCAAUUGUCGGUCUUGGCUGAAGCUAUGGGUAUGAAUGUCAUCUACUACGAUGUCUUGACAAUCAUGUCAUUGGGUAAUUCGAAACAAGUUGGUACGUUGGAUGAAUUGUUACAAAAAGCCGAUUUUGUCACUUUGCAUGUCCCAGCUACCCAAGACACCAAGAAUUUAUUAAGUGCACCACAAUUUGCUGCCAUGAAGGAUGGUGCAUAUGUGAUAAAUGCUUCGAGAGGAACCGUUGUUGAUAUUCCAGCAUUGGUUCAAGCUAUGAAAGCUGGUAAGAUUGCUGGUGCAGCAUUGGAUGUAUACCCUCACGAGCCAGCCAAGAAUGGUGAAGGUUUAUUUAGCGAUGACUUGAACGCUUUUGCUAGCGAAUUGACCUCAUUGAGAAAUGUGAUCUUGACUCCACACAUUGGUGGAUCAACUGAAGAAGCACAAUCCGCCAUUGGUGUGGAAGUUGCAAAUGCCUUGACCAAAUACAUCAACGAAGGUACAUCUCAAAGUGCUGUUAACUUCCCAGAGGUGUCAUUGAGACCUUUGGAUUUGGACCAACAAAACGUGGUCAGAGUGUUGUAUAUCCAUCACAAUGUGCCAGGUGUGUUGAAGACAGUCAACAAUAUUUUGUCCAACCACAAUAUCGAGAAGCAAUUCAGUGAUUCGCAAGGCGACAUUGCGUACUUGAUGGCAGAUAUCUCUGACGUUGAUAUUAGUGAUAUCAAGGCAUUAUAUGAGCAACUAGAACAAACCCCAUACAAGAUUGCAACCCGUUUAUUGUAUUAA